AUGUCCAUAAACGAGGAUGAUGUGAAGAAUGAUUCUGAUAAUGAUUUGGUUGAUGAUUUCGAUUAUCAACCGAAUGCAGAAGACGAUGCUGAAGACGACGAUGUGGAUUCGCUGGAUUCUACUAGCAAGAGUGAAGAAGUUUGUGGUGCAAAAAGAAUAGCAGAUUUAAUGGUGGAGGAUAUUUGGAACCUGGAGUUUAGGACAGAGGAUGAGGCCUGCCAGUUUUAUAACGCUUAUUCUUGCUGGCAUGGAUUUGUAAUGAGGAAGGACGACAUGGUUAGGGAUAAUCAAGGUAGAAUCAUUAGUAGGCAACUUGUUUGCAACAAAGAGGGCUGGAGGAAUAUGAGGUAUCUCGAUCUGGAUGAUAGAUCAAGGGAGGCAAGGUCACUAACGCAAACCAAGUGUCCAGCUCGGUUUAGGGUAAAGCUUAACUACGGCUGCGGUAGAUGGAAGGUAUCAUGUUUUGUCGAAUCUCACAACCACGAUCUGACGCCACCCCAAUUUGCACAUCUGGUUCCGGCCAAUCGUCGUCUCACUGUCACCGAUAAAGUCCAAGUGAAAAAUCUUCAUAAUUUUGGUGUCAAGACCUGCUAUAUUAUGGGGUAUAUUGCGUUCCAGAAGGGUGGAUAUCGUCAUGCUGGCUUCACACGCAAAGAUUUGUACAACCACAUUGAUCGUUAUCGUCGGUCAAAGGUUAAAAACGGGGAUGCCAAUGCGGCAAUAAACUAUUUGAUUGGCAAGUCAAACAACGAUCCGCUGUUCUUUGGAAAGUAUACGUUCACUAGUGAUGAAAGGCUGGAGCAUAUUUUUUGGGCAGAUGGGCAGUCAAUUAUCGACUAUCACUGCUUUGGAGAUAUUGUUGCCUUUGAUUCAACCUACAAGAAGAAUAAAUACAACAAGCCUUUGGUCAUUUUCUCUGGAUGCAAUCAUCACGGGCAGACUGUUAUCUUCGGCUCCGGCCUACUAUCCGACGAAACCACAUAG